AUGCAAAAACAAAUUUUGUGUGGACAACGAUUUGAUGGACUUGUUGAUUCUAUUCGUUCACAAAUAACAAAAUCAUUUACAAAUUUUGUUUCAUAUGUAUUGAAAAAUGUCGUUAAUGAUUAUGCAUUAACUACUUUAUCGAAAACAUCAACAAAUGAUUUUGAAUCAAUGUUAAAUUUAAUCGAUUGUCUAUCAUUUGAACCUUCAAAUAAUCGAGGAGAUGAUAUGUAUAAUCAAAAACAAAAUAUUACCAUACAAGCUAUUACAGAUUAUUCCUAUAUACCACUAACACCAUUAUUUCACUUGUUCAAUCAACGUAUAGAAACAUAUGCUAAUGAAUUGAAAAUGAAUUAUUUAUCUCGACAUACUCAAUCUACAGAUAAGAAUGAAGAAAUAGAUAGCAAUGGUGGUAGAAAAGCAAUAACAACAGCCGACAACGAUAAUAACUUUAGUGAUAACGCUUACACAACCGAUACAUUUCGUAAUGAACUCUAUCGCAAAAUUAUUUUUAGUGAUGAAAUAUUAAAAACAAUAAUUGAGGAAGGUAGUACUGAUUUAAUUGAUCUCUAUAGACAAGAUUUAGUACGUACAUUUUGUACAAUAACAGAAAAAAGUAAGGAUGAUCUUGAAAAAUGCAGUGAAACAAUCAAAUAUGUAUCAAAAUGGUUACAAUUAUUUGAUGAAAGAGAUCAAAUUGAAUUUGAGACAAUUAAAAAUAAACGAAAUGAAGAUAUUUGGUUACUAUGUCAUGUAUACACCUCAUUUAUUUAUGAGAGAAAUGAUCUAUUAUCAUUAUAUAUUGCUUGUCGAACACUCGAUCGAUUAUGCUUAGAACCAAAAAAUAUUUAUAAUAAUAAUAAUCAUCAUCGAACAACAUUGGAUCGAUCUGAAUUUCGAGAACAAAUAUUUAUAGAAAUGUUUAAUGCAUUAUGGAAAAAUUUAUGUGAUAUAUGUUCAUCUCAAAUAAUCAAUUAUACAGCAUGGAUUCAAAUUUAUUCAUUUGUAUCUCGUUAUUAUCCAUCAGAAAAAAUUUGUGAUCAGUCACAAUUAAGAUAUAUGAGAUCUAAACUUGAAUUAAUGCAAAUAGCUUAUAUUCUAUUUCUAAAUGGAACAAUACCAACAUCAAAUGAACUGAUUCAAAUUUUAAUGAAUGAAAACUAUUUUCCAUCAAACAGUUAUUAUUAUUCAAUAAAUCAAUUAUUAGAUUUAAUUAAUAAUUAUUUUAAUAUUAAAAACUGUUCAGCUGAAGUAAAGAAUACAUUUAUGACUGAUAUUCAACAAUGGAUUAUUGUCAUAUUAAAAAAUAAUAAGCAAAAAGAUGAUAUUCAAUGUCAAAUUGAAAAUUUAUUUAAAUAUUUAAUUUAUUCAGAUCGUCAAAUACGUUCAUCAGUUAAACAAUGCUUCUUUAAUCAAUUAUACCAUGUGAAAGUUAUAGAAAAUUAUAAUUUACCAUAUCAUCCAUUUCUAACUGAAAAUUAUGAACGACAAGAUGAUAAUGCAACAAUAAUAAUGAAUUUAUAUUUUUUCUAUAUUAAGGAUAUUUUAAAUGACAAAACAAUGACAUGUGCUUUUAUACACAAAAUUCAUGAAUUCAAAGUCAAUAUUUUGCCAAACAGUAUAAAACAAAUUAAAAUUCUACAAGAUCUUCAUCAAUUAAUAAAAAAUUAUUUAGUUAUUUAUUGUUCAGCUCUAUUUCUAUGUGAUGAUAAUUAUGGUGAUAAUACUGAACAAUGGCGUCGUUUAUUAAAAAAUAUUUUAACAAAUUAUGCUCCAUUACAAACUGAACAACAUGAACAUUUAUUUAAUAAUGAAUUACAAUUAUUUUUAUCAACAAUAAUAAUUCGACAAAAUUAG